AGGACUCAGGUCAGGGACCCUGGGGAUGUGGGAGACACGGGGGGGAGGUGGCCCCACCGAGCAUGUCCCCAUGGGAGCCAGGAGAAGCGCACCAGCAUUGAGGUGGGGGUGCAGGAAGCGGUCGGAUCCGUCCCAGGGAACCUGCUGCCCAUUCAUGCUGGUGGCCAGGAAGUGGGGGGCCCUUCAUGCCUACUCAGCAUCUCUCACCCCUGGGCUGUGGGAGUUAGCAGGUGGGUGGAGGCUCAGAGGGAGAAAGGACCCAUCCUAGGGUCACACAGUCUGCAGCCAGGGUCAGGACCUGGAGAAGCCCUUUGGUGCCGCAGACCCUCCACCUGGACUUGCUGGAGCCAGGGAUGGGGACAUCCACGGUGCUGAGGCAGCAGCAGCGGGGACAGCUGCUGCAGCAGCACUCAAGCCAGCUCCAGUCACAGUUCGCCUGGGGAGUCCAGCUCGGUCCCUGCCCACCACCAUGGAUGUCUUCAAGAAGGGCUUCUCCAUCGCCAAGGAGGGUGUGGUGGGCGCCGUGGAGAAGACCAAGCAGGGGGUGACGGAGGCAGCUGAGAAGACCAAGGAGGGUGUCAUGUAUGUGGGAGCCAAGACCAAGGAAGGUGUUGUGCAGAGUGUGACCUCAGUGGCUGAGAAGACCAAGGAGCAAGCCAGUGCUGUGAGCGAGGCUGUGGUCUCCAGCGUCAACACUGUGGCCACCAAGACUGUGGAGGAGGCAGAGAACAUCGCGGUCACCUCCGGAGUGGUGCGCAAGGAGGACCUGCAUCAACCUGCCCCCUCACAGGACGAGGCAGCCAAAGUGGAAGAGGAAGUGGCUGGAGAGGCCAAGAGUGGGGGAGAUUAGAGGCCUGCCAAGGAGCUGCGGAGGGCCUGAGGAACACUCUUCUGCCUCGGAUCCCACCCCCUCCUGGUACAAGGAGUGUCUGACCCUGGAAUGUGACCUGCAGGGCUGCCCACAGUCCCUGCAUCCCCUCCCAGCUGCCCCAGGAUGCCACCACUGCCUUCACCUCCCUCCCCUGCCCUCUCCCACCCUCUGGUCCUUCUGACCCCACCGAUGCUGCUGUGAAUUUUUUUUUUUAAUGAUUUUGAUGAUUUCAAAUAACACUCAAAUCUGCACUGCA